AUGCCGAUCGACUUCCAGCUGAGCACCUCUGAGGCUGGCACGCGAGCCGCAGCGGCCGCGUUCGCCGAAAAGGUGCUGAGGCCCUCUCGUUCUCUCUAUGCUAAGCUCCCCACACAGCGCGAACGCUUCCAGGCCACCCGGCCGGUCUACGAGGCGGCUGCUGCCAGCGGGUUGGUCAAGGGCCAGAUUCGGCCCGAGCUGGGUGGCAGCGGCGGAUCGUUGGUCGAGGCAGCGAUCCUCGUGGAGGAAUGCUACACGGUCGAGCCGUCGGCCUCGCUUACCGUCUUCGCGACCGGACUGGGCCUGUCGCCGCUCAAUAUCGUGCAGAAGCCGGAGCUGAAGGAAUUUCUGGCGCCCUUCCUUUCUGGUGCCGGCGCCCCUCUCGCCUCGCUUGUCUUCAGCGAACCGGGCGGCGUGGCCAACUGGCUGGAGAGGGGCGGGAGAGGACUCAACACCACCGCGCGCAAAGACGGCAACGAGUGGGUUCUGAAUGGCGAAAAGCUCUGGGCGACGAACAGCGCCGGCUGGGACUACAAGGGUCCAGACCUCGCUUGUGUCGUCUGCCGAGAUGUCACCAGCCCCCCCAGCGACGACCAGGAGCCGCGGGAUAGCAUCAUGAUCCUGCUCGUGACUCGGGCAGACUUGGAACGGAACGGGCCUGAUGCCUUCCAGGUCGUCGGGGACGUGGAAACUAUGGGACACACGUCGGUUUCCGGCCCGCAUAUCAAGUACACUAAUGUCCGCCUGCCACUUAAGAAUGUGCUUUGUGCGCCUGGGGACGGGGCAGCUGUUGUCAACGGCGCGUUUGAUAGCAGUGCGGUGCUAGUGGGCGCCAUGAGUGUCGGCCUGAUGCGCGCCGCCUUCGACGCCUCGCUAGCAUUUGCCCGGAGCGACGACCGCCGCGGAGCGGUCCCCUUGCUCGAGCGGCAGGCUGUCGCCGAUUUGCUUUCGGGCAUCAAGAUGCAGACGGAAGCUUGCCGCGCCCUGGUCUGGAAAGCUGCGUACGUCCUAGAGAACGGGCCGGGCGACUACGACGCCCGAAGAGAGCUCGCGCUCGCUGCGAAGGUGUACUGCAGCGACGCCGCAGUCAAGGCAGUCACUGAGGCAAUCAAUGCCGUCGGAAUUACGGCAUACGAUAAUAGCCUACCCUUCGCGGGGCUUCUCACUAACGCGAUGGUGCUGCCAAUCUUUGACGGGGGGAACGUGGGAAUCAGACGGCGACAUCUGCAACAGCUUAUGCUAGCACCGUCGUAUGAUGCCUGGGCGACGACUUUUGGACCGUCUAAGCAGUAA